AUGCGGUAUUCUCUAUGGACCUAUACGAUUGGGCUGGCCUCGGCUGCCGCCACAACAACUGAACUGGGUGACAUCUGUACCACCGCAUAUGCGAAGGAUGCAUUGCCAGUAGAUGCCAUUCAGGGCCUUAUCGUUGACCCCUCUUCGGUUUCCACGAAGCUCGUCACCAAUUUCACUGCCAGUAACAUGUUCUACCCUACUACGACCUUCGAUUACUGCAAUGUGACUUUCGCCUACUCCCAUGAUGGCAUUGAUGGGGACAUUGUUCAUGUGCAAUACUGGCUUCCAGCUCCAGGCCAGUUUAGGAACAGAUAUGUGUCCACGGGUGGAGGUGGCAUGGCUAUCAACUCGGGAUCCUCAGCGAUCCCUGUUGGUGUUAUCGUUGGCGGUGUUGGAGGUUUGACCGAUGGAGGAUUUGGAAGCUUCAAUACCCAAUUUAAUGAGGUUGCUCUCUUGGCAAAUGGAACCCUCAAUUGGCAAGCGACGUACAUGUUUGGCUACCAGGCUCAGCAUGAGCUUGCUGUAUUGGGAAAACAGCUGACAAGAAAUAUUUACAACGUCUCUGAAAGCGAAAAGCUUUACUCCUACUACCAGGGCUGUUCCGAGGGAGGCCGUGAGGGAUGGAGCCAGGUUCAACGGUACCCUGAUCAGUUUGAUGGUGUAGUUGCUGGCGCUCCGGCCUUCCGGUGGGCGCAACAGCAAACCAACCAUUUGACCGGCAACGUCAUCCAGAAAACCCUUGACUACUACUCCCCCAGCUGUGAGCUCGAAAAGAUCAUGAACAUGACCAUCGCAAGCUGUGAUCCCCUGGAUGGCAAGACCGACGGCAUUGUCUCUCGCUCGGACUUGUGUUUGAAGAAUCUAAACUGGGAUUCCAUCCUGGACGCUUCUUACUCGUGUCCUGCGGUCCCUGGCUCCCCCUUCUCAGGCCCUACACCCGAGCAGACAGGUAAGGUAUCUGCCAAAGCCAUUGAGGUCGUCAAGGCCUUUUGGAAUGGUCUUUUUGACUCCGAUGGCAAGCGUGUUUACUUCAGCUACCAGCCUGGUUCGACUUUCGACGAUCUUCGAACCGCAUAUGAUGUUUCUACUGACAGCUGGAAGCUCGACAUUAGCGGUAUCGGUGGCGGAUGGGUUGGCAUGUUCAUCGAUCUUCUGCAGGAGAACAACCUUCCCGACCUAGAUGGUGUCACCUACGAUACCAUCAAGGAAUGGAUAAUAUUUUCCGAAAAGAAGUACGGGGACAUUUUCCAGACAACAUAUCCAGACUUGACGGACUUCCAAGCCGCCGGUGGAAAAGUUAUCCACGUCCACGGAGAGCAGGACUACUCAAUCCCCACCGCCUCUUCAAUCCGUUACUGGAACUCAGUCAGGGAAAUUAUGUUCCCCAACAAGUCAUACGAUGAAGGCGCAGCCGCUCUUGAUGACUUCUAUCGGCUGUUCCUAAUUCCUGGCGUGGGACACUGUGGCACCAAUAUGAACCAACCCAAUGCACCUUGGCCACAGACAACUCUGCAGACUCUCAUUGAGUGGGUUGAGAAUGGCAAUGCGCCGGCGACACUCGCUGGGUCUGGUGCGAUUGAAACGAUGUGCCGUUGGCCUCUUCGUCCUCUUUGGACUUCGGGCGGCAAGAAAUUCCAGUGCGUUUACAGCCAGGAAUCGAUUGAUAGCUUUGAGUACGAUUUGGAUGCGUACAAGCUUCCUGUGUAUUAA